AUGGCCGCUAAUAUAAAACAAGCCGCGUUGUUGUUAAUGCGUCGAAGACAAUAUGAAUCUAGUUCUUCAAGUUCUGACGACGAGUGGGAAGCAGUUUGUCUGCAGAGAAGAAAACGAAAAUUUCGUCCGCGAAUUCAAAAUUAUGUUAAUGUUGUCUGUCUUUACACAGAUCAUGAGUUUAAAAGUCAUUUUAGAAUGUCAAAAGGUACAUUUGAAUACUUUCUAAAAAUUAUUGGUGAAAAUUUAAAUAGAAAAAUUAAAGAUUGCCCUACAAUCCCUCCUUAUCAACAAUUACUGAUGGCACUUUGGAAGAUGGCGAAUAUGGACUCAUACAGAUCGAUUUGUGAUCGGUUUAAUGUCGGAAGAGCUACAGCUCUUAAAGCAGUACGAAGAGUCACUCGUGUUUUGUUCUUGAAAACCUCAAUGUUUAUUAAGUGGCCCAGUGGAGAUGAUGCUAUUAUUGUAAUGCAAGGUUUUAAAAGAGCUGGUGGGUUUCCAGGAAUUAUCGGAGCUAUUGAUGGAACUCACAUUCGGAUUAAUGCCCCAAAAGAGAACAGUGCAGAUUAUGUCAACCGUAAAGGAUAUCAUUCUAUCCACUUGCAGUUGAUAUGUGAUCACCAAAACUUAAUAACACAUUGUUAUGCGGGACAUCCUGGUUCUGUUCACGAUCAACAGGUUUUUCGUCAUUCGGAAAUAGCAGAUUAUUUAAAUGAUGCAGAAAAGUUUCCAGUCAACAGUCAUAUUCUAGGUGAUGCUGCAUAUGGGUUACGUGAACAUUUGUUAUGAACUCCCUUUCGAGAUAACCGUCAUUUAACGGAGAGACAAAAAAACUAUAACUAUUGCCACUCGGUAGCCAGGACAGCAGUCGAAAGAUGCAUCGGAUUGUUGAAAGGACGAAUGAGAAGUUUAUUAGAUCGCUUGCCAAUGGAAAGAGUCGAUUUGAUGGCAGAAUAUAUUAUUGCUUGUUGCGUAAUACACAACAUUUGCACGUUACAAAAAGAUGACUUACCUAUUAUUACAAUUCCAUCAUCUUCCAAUAAUGCAAAUGUUACUAACAAUACUGCUUAUGGAGAACAAAAUUUAGGCAUUAACAAACGAAUUGUAAUUAUGAAUUCUUUGCAGCGCCGAAUGUAAUGCUAAGGAAAAUGCAAAUAAAUUAUAAAUAUAUUUAGAACUUAUUUACUUUUUCUUAUUAUGU